AUGGUCACAUUGGAUGUACAAACUAAAUUCGGCGGGUUGGACGAUCUCAGAAAACAUGGAACUCCCGAUGAAAGACUUAAAGUCCUUUUCAAAAAGCUAAAGUAGGUCCAAUCAAAUUGUCUAUUUAAUUUUUAGGACAAUGCAUGUAUGCAAAAAACUUGAAAUGAUAGUCGAGACCGCCUUGUUGGAGAAGGAAGAUCAAGAAAAGAGGUAUAUAUUGUUAUAUAGGGCAGUAUUAUUGUGCGAUAUGAUCCGACAGCGACCUGACAUCGACGCGGAUAAGCCGGUAAGUCGAUUUUUUAAGUGUUUUUACCUAUGUUAUCUUUUUUCUAUUACACUAUACCCAUUUUGAAUUUAGUUGAGGGAACGAGUAUUUAAACUUUACGAAAAGGCACUAACUGAACUUGAGAAUCUACAAGAUGUCCUUGCUCAGGCUUAUCAACAAGUUAGACAUCGAAGACCAUCACCACUCCCCUUGAUUGCGAAUAAAACAAGAACUUUUGAAGAAGAAGUUAAUUCAGAAGAGUUUGGCGACUUUAUUACUCCAUUUCAACUCGUGAAAUAUGUUGAAUCUUCUCAAAAACAAGUGUUAAUUAUUGAUUUUCGUCAAAACCAUUCACCUUCAAUCGAAUAUGUGGACACGAACAUGAUCCAGACCAUGAAUAUCGAAGAGGGUUUGAUCGCUCCCGGGUAAUUUUAAUUUAAUUUGUUAUUCCGUUCUUAGAUACGUUAUGAUGCAACUCGGACUAGAUGAAACUGUGUUCUUUUAGGAUAACAUACGAUCACAUCUCCAUGUAUCUUGAUAUCACCAGCAGGUAUAAAUUUGGUAUUAUUUCGAACUUUGGGCUCGUUGUAUUAAUGGGAGACGAACUGGCAGAUCGUGCGGCUUCUCCAUUCAGUGAGCGAAGUAAAUGCAAAGCCCUAAGAGAUGCGUUGAUGAAAGGGAAGCUGAAAAGAAAACCCUUGCUUCUGCAAGGAGGAUUCCCAGCAUUCCAAAGAGCCUAUCCAAUUUAUGUGGAGAAGACAGCAGCACGACAACAACGUCUACUCAGCGAACUCUCAGAUAUGGACGAUUUCUCGGCGUUGGUGGCCAAAGCCAGAGCCGGGAUAUCUGUUCGGGAGAUUGUUUAUCCCGACAUCUUCGACAGACCGAAGCCAGCUCCAUUCCCCAUAAGCGAAGAGGAAUUGAAGAAGCCGACGAUUGAUCGAUUCAAUGAACUUAGUGUCAGAGAACGGCGUCCAAGUCCGACAAGAAGGUCGCCCAGCAGAAAUGCGAUUACUCGAGAUGUCCCUGUCAAAGUGGAAGGGCCAAAACCGUCGUAUUCCAAUGAAAAGAUAUCUGAUUUUGGUAGAAACGAAACAUCGAUAAGGGCGAGUAAUAGUAAUAUCAGUUUGAAUGAGAAGCCGAGUGCCCCAUCGAUUGGAGAGCUUGAUCGCCCAUUGAAUCAACGACCUCGGCCAUUGGUGGACAGAACGAAGAAACCGCUGAUUGAGAACAAGAAAGAUAUAACCGAAUUCCCAGUUGAACCAUUCGAACAACCCAAGAGUUUUACGGAGGAGAAGCUGGAAAAUGGAGUGGACAUCAAGUAUAACGCCAAUGUCCCUCAGAUUCCGACUCUCGGAGGUACGAGAAUAGAUCCUCCUCAGCCACAGCCAAGAACAAUGUAAGUUAUUUUAGUUCGAUGACCGUUUUUUAGUGUCCAUCCCCGUCCAUCCCAGAGAACGCGACCGCCCACUCCAGAUCGAUCUACAAAAAAACUAUCACCUGAAGUUGAGUAAGUAUCUUCUUUUUUUUCAUUUAUUUAUUAUUUAGACAACAGAAACAAACUCUUCGGAGAGUAUUUGAAAUCACGAUCGAUGAUAUCAGAAAUGAUCCCAGGAAUGUGAUGGGUAAUGUCCCCCCGGGAUGCACUGGUCUGUUCAAUCUUGGAAACACUUGCUUUAUGAAUGCAACCCUCCAGGCAUUAUUCAACACUCCCAACAUGAGAUAUUACUUUUCGAGAGAUCGGUUUUUGAAUCAUGUUAAUGUGUAAGUUGAUAGGUUUAAUUGCCUUAUUAUAAAAUUUUAGAGCCAAUACAAGAGGAACUAGUGGAGUUAUGGCUGCUUGCUUCUCGGCGUUGAUGGAGGUUGUCUGGUCCGGCAAAUUCAAGGCAUUUAGAACAAUGAGAUUCAUUGUAAGUUUUAUUUUUUUAAUUAUAGUUGGAUUAGGGUCGUUUAGAGGAAAGCACAGCGUUCUGUACUUUUUUGGAAUGAUUCCGACACCGAUUUUUUCGAAUUUUUCUAAAAUAGCCCGCAUUUACGCAGGUGUCGCGAGGGAAUACUGUAAGAUUGACGUGCAAAAUUUGCAGUGCUUGUAGAGUAAAUAAAGAUCUUUCCAACGAUACAACUUACGUAAAUUAAUAUGGAAAAAGAAAUUUGUAAUCAACGCUGAAAAAUGACCGACCUUGGAUUUUCGGCGCUAAAGAUUGCCCUUAGGCAGAUCUUUUAGAAGAAGUGGAUGGUAACACCUUAUGCAGAAUUUAAUUCUCUACAACAUAUCCAAAAAUUACGAAAUUUUACUGCUUUUCCGUCGAAUUAUGCCUCAAAAAUGCAAUUUUUGCACUAGUUUUACCAAUGUUUUUAAAAUAUUUGCACUUUAAGGGCAUAAUUACAAAAACAGAGUCGUACAUAUUGAAGCUUGCAUGCUAACUGACCGUACUGUUUAAUUUUACCCUGUCAUGUUUCUCCAUCUUCAAGAACAACGGAGCUAAAGUUUGGUGCUUGGACCCAGCAUAAAAAUGCCCUAAGGGCGAAUUUCAAAGAUGCCAUAGUGCCACUGGACGUAAAAUAAGCGUUCAAACAGCCAUGCUCAAAAGGCAACGAUUCAUUUCCUUCUUCUGUCACUGCUCCAAGAAAUCCAUGCAACAUCAUGAACGCGUAAAUGUGUUCAUGAGGCCACCGAUGUUUCAAACUAUUCCGGAAACUCCCAACGUUGAUUUUUUCGUCAAAUUCGGCAUACCUGUAGUACAAAAAAUUCUAUGUUCAGUGGCACUAUCGCAUUUUUGAAAUUCGCCCUUAGGGCAUUUUUAUGCUGGGUCCAAACACCAAACUUUAGCUCCGGUGUUCUUGAAGAUGGAGAAACAUGACAGGGUAAAAUUAAACAGUACGGUCAGUUAGCAUGCAAGCUUCAAUAUGUACGACUCUGUUUUUGUAAUAAUGCCCUUAAAGUGCAAAUAUUUUUAAAAUAUUGGUAAAACUAGUGCAAAAAUUGCAUUUUUGAGGCAUAAUUCGACGGAAAAGCAGUAAAAUUUCGUAAUUUUUGGAUAUGUUGUAGAGAAUUAAAUUCUGCAUAAGGUGGUACCAUCCACUUCUUCUAAAAGAUCUGCCUAAGGGCAAUCUUUAGCGCCGAAAAUCCAAAGUCGGUCAUUUUUCAGCGUUGAUUACAAAUUUCUUUUUCCAUAUUAAUUUACGUAAGUUGUCAAUCUUACAGUAUUCCCUCGCGACACCUGCGUAAAUGCGGGCUAUUUUAGAAAAAUUCGAAAAAAUCGGUGUCGGAAUCAUUCCAAAAAAGUACAGAACGCUGUGGAAAGGUGUUUAUGUUACCCUUUUAGGAGGUUUUUGGGAACAUUUGUCGUGAUCUAUGCGAUGGCCGGCAGCAUGAUGCACAAGAAUUCCUUAUCUUUCUGUUGGACGCAUUACACGAAGAUACAGUAAGAGUCCUUUUGGAUAAGAUGAUCGAACAGAACUAUGAUGGGCUGGACUGUCGGAGAGAUUGGGAACAUUAUCUGAAGAAUGGAAGACGCUUCAGGGAUUCCCCGAUCAUGGAUAUUUUUAAUGUAAGACCAAGUCUGAUGUAUAAAAAUUUGAUGAAUAAGGUGGUUAAUGAAAGUAUUUCAGCUAACCAUCGCUAGUCAACUAAACUGUGGACAAUGCGGAACAGGAAGUUUGACCUUUGCGGAGUCCACACAGGUCAUGUUGGAGUUGCCGAUGGGAUCUUCUUGUAACCUUUCGGAAUGUCUUCGGAGUCAUUUCAGGGAUUCGGUAAGAGAUUUCAUAGAGUUGGGAUUGAAUUUGUGGUGCAUGUUAGGGCUGAUUAAGGUAUUGAUGAUGUUUUUUACAGAUUUUGGACGGCUCGAGUGCAUGGAAUUGCCCGAAAUGCUCAAGAAAACAAAGGGCCCGUCUUCAACAAAAAAUCUGGACCCUCCCUCCGGCUCUAGUCAUCCUCCUUAAGAGAUUCAGACAGAACCCGGACGGAUCUUUCGAGAAGAACACAAUCGCAGUCGACUUCGACAUCCAAAACCUCGAUUUGUCCCCAUAUUUACACGAAAAGGCCUCCAAACAGAACAGCAAAUAUAGAUUGUAUGCUAUCACUAAUCACAGCGGUACUCUCAAUUCGGGUCAUUACACCGCCUUCGUCAAAAAUCAAAGUAUUAACAAUUGGGUUUCGUUCGACGAUGAUUAUUGCUCAGAAGUCAGCGAGUACAACAUUAAGGUAGGCAUAAAGAUAAAACGUUUAAAUAUCGACGGAUUGGUUAUGAAAUUGGUUUUUUCAGACGGAAAAGGCCUUCAUCUUAUACUACACAAACGACUCCCGCCAAUUACCCUCAAUUUAG